UUUUCGUUCUCGAGUGGAUGGGAUCCUCCACGGUGACGGUGCACAGAAGAAGGAGGAAAUUUUGACAUUUUUGAUUUUAUCUUUUUGUUAUUUUGGUGUGCAGGGCAGGGGCAGGGUGCAGUUCAUAGUAGGGAUCUUUUUCCGUGAGACCAUGGAAAAUAAAUAAUCAUUCAUCAUUCAUAAUUAAGCUACAAAAUAUAGUAAGUAAAAGUUACUAAAACAAAAGGCCUUUUCCACUCCUUCUGCAACUCAAAUCCCUUCGCACAAAGGCUAUAUAAUACAUGAUGUAGUGAGAGAGAGGGAGAGAGCAUGUACUAAAAUCCCAAGCUGAGUGGAAAGUGAACGAGAAAAAGAGCCCUAUCUCCACUCCUUCCACCACUAUGCACGAACCCAAUUCCAACAACAACGGCGCCCCCAAACGCCCUAAUAAGCCUCCACAGCCGCCCCUCUUCAUCCCGCCCGGCCACGUCGCCUUCCGCCUCCUCUGCCACGCCUCCCGCAUCGGCGGCCUCAUCGGGAAAUCCGGCUCCAUCAUCAAGCAACUCCAGCAGCUCACAAACUCCAGAAUCCGGGUCGAGGACCCGCCCCAGUCCAGCGACAAUCGGGUCAUCAGCGUCGUUGCGUCGCCGGCUACCGUCAAGCGAAUUAAACUCUGCGCCGCCGCGCUGAAUUACGGGGAGGAGAACAAUGGGGAUGCUGAAAUUGGCGCUGAUGGUGAGGACCUGUGGUUCGAUGUAUCGGCGGCGCAGGAGGGGAUAGUGAGGGUGUUUGAGAGGGUGGUGCAGGUGGCGGCGGAGGGUGACGCCGUGGCGGGGAUUGGUGGAGUGGUGUCGUGUAGACUGUUGGUCAGCAAGUUUCAGGGCGGUGCGGUUAUAGGGAAAGGGGGGAAGGUGGUCGAGAAGAUUAGGAAGGAUACCGGCUGCAAAAUUAAGGUUUUGGCGGUCGAAAAGAAUUUUUCGAGCUCAUCGUCCAUGGAUGAAAUUGUUGAGAUUGAAGGUCUUGGUCUGGCUGUUAAGAAAGCACUUGUUGCUGUCACUAGUCGCCUUCAAGAGUUUCCACCUCCCGAGGAAACAAGACCAUAUCCUGCCAGGCCUCUUGAAUCAGAACCCUUGCCACUUCAAACUGUUGAUCUACCCCUGCAGCGGAGCCCAAUAUUGCAAUCUACGCCUUCAAACUAUAUAAAUCAUUCCUGGGGAGGAGGUACAUCAUCAGUAUCUGAGAAGAUCUCCUAUAUGAACUCUACACUACCACAACUAGAAGUGGUUUUUAAGAUACUCUGCCCCAACGAACAAGUUGGUAGCAUUAUUGGCAAGGGAGGAUGUAUUGUUAAGUCUAUUCAACAUGAAACUGGUGCUUCUAUAAGUAUUGGGUCAAAUGUAGCAGACUGUGAUGAGCGAUUGAUAACAAUUACUGCAAUGGAGAGUGUAGAAUCUAAAUACUCCCCUGCACAGAAAGCAACUAUUGUUGUGUUUACUAGGUCUACAGAGACUGGUCUUUUGAAGGGAUUCCGUUCAGAUGCAAAAGAAUCACAUGUAUCAGCUCGAGUUCUGUUGGCAUCAAACCAAGUUGGUUGUCUAUUGGGAAAAGGAGGUACAAUAAUUUCAGAGAUGAGAAAGAUGACUGGUACUAGCCUAAGGAUCAUUGGGGGCGACCAACUUCCAAAUUGUGCCUCUGAAAAUGAAGAGGUUUUACAGAUUACAGGAGAGUUUGCUAAUGUACAAGAUGCUCUGUAUAAGGUGACUAGUAGGUUGCGAGAUAAUAUGUUCUCCACAAAAAUGUUGACUGGAAAUAGGAAUCGUAAUUCUUUGAGAACUGAGAAUGAUGCCUAUGGCUUUGUAAGAAAUCAUCCUGCUUUUGGAUCACAUCAAUCUUUAGCUGACUCAGACAAAAUGAAUGAGCACCAGUCCUUAACCCAGAGCAUGGAUCACCUUGCCAUUUCCAAUAAUAAUGAUCGAUUGUUGACGCCAAGUUCGUUCACAUCAGUGACUCUCUCUGGAGUAAACCAGGGAAAUAUUAUGGCUACUGGCAGAAGUUUACCUUCAGUUAAAAGUGUUGAAGAAAUUGGCAGUGGAAGCAGACCAACAAUCAUAGCAAAUACUAUGACUGUAGAGAUUCUUGUCCCUGAUGCUGUGAUUGGCUCCAUAUACGGGGAUGACAAUAGUGAUUUUGCUAGAUUGCGACAGAUAUCUGGAGCCACGGUCCUACUGCAAGAAGCUCAUCCUGGGGCAACACAGAGAACAGUCGUUAUAUCCGGGACACCAGAUGAAACGCAGGCGGCCCAAAGCCUGCUCCAAGCAUUCAUACUAUCUGGUUCAUAGCGUCGAACAUGACAGUUUUUGAAGAUUCUUUUCUAGUUUAUUAGUUUGCAUCUUCUCAAAAAGGGGGGCUGCCAAACUAAUUCCUAUAUAACAUUUUCCUGAUUGCGUAGCUAGUUUCUUCAUAGUGCACAGGCAAACUGUUGGCAUGACUGAUUAGUACAGAUGAAGAUUUUGAAUUAAUAUGAUAUAGUUACACGAA